AUGGCCUCUACAACUACUAGUACAACUAGUGCUACUACCCGCCUGACAGCUCCAUCUGGAAGACUGUUCUCGCAGGGAACUGAUGUGCGUUAUGGUGAUUUUCGCGAUGACCUCCUUCAAAACGGUUACGCGGUAGUCAAAGGUGCCGUAGCCCGCGAACGAGCCCUGAAAUAUGCCAGUGAUAUAUAUCAGUGGCUGGAAGAUUUGUAUGUCCCUAUUGAAACCCUUAUUCCAAAUAUGCGCAACUUGAUCUCUAAAGCUGAAUACGAUAGCAACCUCGGCUUUGACCGGAACGACCGCUCAACCAUUCACAAAGACCACCUCCCAGACAUCACAGAAAAAGGCAUGGUUCUUGGCUAUGCCAUCUCGCAUGAAUCAUUCGCCUGGGGCGUACGCCAAGAGCCCGCCGUGAUCGAAGCAUUCGAGAAGGUGUACGACACUGAAGAUCUGAUUGUUUCCUUUGACUCGGUCAAUAUCGGCUUCCCCAAUCGGAAGGAUAUCGAGCCCAACACGCCAUGGCCGCACCAGGACCAGGAUCCCGAGAAACCUGGAUUCCGCUGUCUGCAGGGUCUUGUCAAUUUACUUCCAAAUGGACCAAAGGAUGGGGGCUUGAUGGUUUGCAAGGGUGCUCACUUGCUGAGUGAAGAGUUUCACGCCAAUUUCAAAGAAGAGGAGAGAAUUUGGUCUUGGACUAAGGAGUGGUAUGGAUUUACUGCAGCUGGACAGGCCUGGUUGAAGGAGAAGGGUUGCGAGUGGAUUAAGGUCGAAGCCGAACCUGGCGACCUGCUUCUUUGGGACUCGCGGACACCCCACUACAAUGUGUCCUCGGAGACGGAUCAGGAUCGAUUCUGUAUUUACACAUGCUUCAUGCCUGUCGUAGAUGCAACAAAGGAGCAACUCGAGACCAAGAAGAAGGCAUUUGAAGAAACCAAAAUGACCACCCACUGGCCAAACGCGAUGCACGUAGUCGAACUGCCUGUGUAUAGAAAUGGCGAGCCGGACCCUUACCAACGCUCGAAGCCCCGCAGUCCAGUCCAGCUGUCUGAGCGAGGCUUCAAGCUGACAGGUAUUCCUUAUCUUGAGCAGAUGGCUUGA